UCCUGUCCCGCGCUCGAACAGCUUCCGGCGGGAGCCGGAAGCCCCGCUUCUGGACAGACUCAGGGACCGGGGACUGCUGGCCGCCCAGGACAAGAAGGUUAAAUUGAUUAACUGCCCAGAACAACUUAACUACAAGAAGAUCAUUGUACUCUUUUGGAAAAUAUGAGAAUAACAGAAGGUGGUUAUUGACUCUUAGUUGAGCUUUGUAACUCCCCUUAACAGUUACAGGAUUUGGAAGCUGAAUCAAUGUUAUCAGAUGAGUUAGAGUCCAAACCGGAGCUGCUGGUCCAGUUUGUUCAGAACACGUCAAUACCACUGGGACAAGGUCUGGUGGAAUCUGAAACUAAAGAUAUCACUUGUCUGUCCCUGCUGCCUGUUACUGAGACCUCAGAAUGCAGCCGGCUCGUGUUACCAGUAUUUUCUCUUUACUAGAUGAUACUCCAAAUCCUACCAGCUCCUGUAAGGAGGUUCCUUCCUCUGCUGUCUUGAGAAGCCUUCAAGUGAACCUAGGCCCUGACGGAGAGGAAACAAGGGCACACACUGUACAGAAGUCCCCUGAGCUUUUGUCAACUCCAGAGUCUCCUAGCUUGUUGCAAGACCUUCAACCAAGUGACAAUACUUCUUUUAUCCUUCUUAAUCUAACAAGAGCAGGCCUGGGCUCUUCAGCUGAGCACUUAGUAUUUGUCCAGGAUGAAGCAGAGGAUUCUGGGAAUGAUUUUCUCUCCAGUGACAGUGCUGAUAGCAGUAUGCCAUGGUUCAUUCGGGUUCAGGAGUUGGCUCAUGAUAGUCUGAUUGCUGCUACUCGGGCACAGUUGGCAAAGAGUGCCAAAGCCAGUAGCAAUGGGGAAAAUGUUCACCUUGUUCCCAGUGAUGGGCAGUCUAAAGACUCUGGGUCCCUCCCUCAUCUUCCUCAAGAAGAGAAGAGGCUCCAGUGCACAGUUGAGGGCUGUGAUCGGACAUUCGUGUGGCCGGCACAUUUCAAAUAUCACCUGAAAACGCAUAGGAAUGACCGUUCUUUUAUUUGCCCUGCUGAAGGCUGUGGGAAAAGCUUUUAUGUGCUUCAGAGACUGAAAGUGCACAUGAGAACUCACAAUGGGGAGAAGCCCUUUGUAUGUCCUGAGCUGGGAUGUGGCAAGCAGUUUACCACAGCUGGAAAUCUGAAGAAUCACCUUCGAAUCCACACAGGUGAGAAACCAUUUCUCUGUGAGGCUGAAGGUUGUGGCCGUUCUUUUGCUGAGUACUCCAGUCUUCGGAAGCAUCUCUUGGUUCACUCAGGCAUGAAGCCCCAUCAGUGCCAAGUUUGUGGAAAAACUUUCUCUCAGAGUGGGAGCCGGAAUGUUCAUGUAAGGAAACAUCACUCAAGGAUGGGAGCAACAGGGAAUCGUGAGGGAGAGCAAACAGCGUUCUCUCUCUCUCCAGCUGAGCCGCUAAUGGGUAGCAGUUUGCUUGAGGAAGCUUCAGUGCAUACUAAAAACCUGGUGUCUUUAAACUCACAGCCCAACCUUGGGGUAGAGUCCUUGCACCUACCAGAUACUAACACCAUCCUGGGAGUAGAGGAAGAGGUGCUUGCAGAAGGAGCUUCACGUUCCUUGUCUUCAGCACCAGAAGUGGUUCUGCCACAGUCACAUCACCUGGUGCCCAUGUCUACUGGGAGACAGUCAUAUGAGGUUUCUGCCUUAUUACAGUAAAUCUACCCGAGUUGCUAAAACAAGGUGGUAUAUCAGAAAAAUGGACAUCAGAGUGAGUGUUGAUUCUUGGAAGAACUGGCUGUAUGCUUGAAUCCCAAGUGCACACAUUGUGGUACAGAAUGCUUUUAGUUUAUGGUCUGACAGAACUAACCAAAAGGAAACUGUGAUGCAGGCUAUGACUCUGGCCCUCAUUCAUCUUCCCCUUGCACACAGAAUGAAUGUGGGAGUGAGCAUUGUUUUGAGGCCUCUUCACACUUCCCAUCUGAUGCAGAGGAGGAAUAAAGCACUGAAUGUGAACUGGGUAACUGUCUCUCCUCUUCCUAUUGCAUUUUGGGGCUGACUUUUCCAGAAGGUGAAUUUGAUUUAAAAGCAUCAGCUAACAUGGAAUGUUACAGUUGAUUGGAGGAAGACUCUCUUUUUCAUCCUGCCUCAGCUAUCUUUUUCACAUGGAUGAAUACAGUUCUGCCUAUGAGACAACAAAACUGCUCCAGGAAGCUGAGAUUUCAAGAUGCCUUGUUGCUUUGGGGGAUGGGGUGUUAUUAAUUCUAAGUGACCUUCUUCCUUUUGGUCACUUAGCAGGAGUUUUCCCCCUGCUGGGCUGCAAAUAUAAAAUUUACUUGAAUCCCCCUUGGCCCUAGGGCUGAGAUGCCCUAGGCAUUCUCCUACCCACCUUUACUUGGUCACUUUGCCCCAUACUGUUUUCUUAGUUUCUAAAACUUAUGGUAGCAUGUUAAAGAUUUUUAAUUUAAAAAUCAGAUGAUGAGCUUCAUUUGUUUUAUCUUUAAAUAAACAAACCAACAGC